UCCACCGGACACGAUGCUGGGAAGCACUCAGCUUGCCUCUUGAUAUUUUGAGGUCUGUCAGUUGAAGCUGUUAUGACCUGGCGAUUCAGAGAAGUGGCUUUACUGGCAAAUUCAUCCACAGACUGGAGGUCGUCGAUAAAUUGUGCUUGGAGUGCAGUGGGGACCUGUUGAGCACCCACCGGCGCUACUAUGGAGGUCUCAAACAGAGAAGAAUGACUAUUAACUAAGACAGAGAUAGAAAACGUAAUUCACCUGAGAGGCAGAGGCAAGCAAAAAUGGAAAUCAUGGAUACUCAGUGUGCCUUGGAGGCUGUGGAAAGACUGCAAGCCAAGCUGAAGGAGAGAGGGGAAGCCCCCACACAGGAGAAACUCUCCCUGCUAAAGACUGUCCUGCAGAGUCCUCUCUUCCAUCAUAUACUCACGAUGCAGCAAACACAAAGGCAGCCCCCAGCGAAGGGGAAGCGAAUCUCUAAGUCCAUGUCCAUGAAUAUGGGUCCAUGCCAGGGUAUGGCAUUGGGGCUGAAGACGCUGAGCCACAGUGACUCCUACACUUGGGCUGUGGAGAACCGAAGGCCCAGCACUGCCAAAUCCUUCCACCAGGACGGCAGCAUCUCCUCCCUGGGCUCACAGGAUCUGUCCUACCCGGACAUGUACACUGACAACUGUGUUCACACUGAAUCUCAGUACUGCACCCCCCCCCGAAUCUCCCGAACACUGUCAAUGGGGAGAAACCUGUCUGCUAUUGCCCAUGAGAGGCGUCAUGUCGAGAUGAUAGAGCUGAUCAAUGAUGGGAAGGGGCUUGGAUUUGGUAUCAUAGGGGGAAGGAGCACAGGUGUCAUGGUGAAGACCAUCCUUCCUGGAGGAGCUGCCGGACGGGACAAACGUCUGCAUAGUGGAGACCAGAUCCUGCGUAUUGGUGACACGGACCUGGUGGGCAUGAACAGCGAGCAGGUGGCACAGGUGCUGCGAAAUGCUGGUAGCAAGGUGAAACUGCUCAUCGCCAGGGAUAUUACCAAGGACAACCACCUUUCCUCACCUGUCCUGAGUCAGGACAGCAUGGACAGCAAGCUCAAUGACUUGGAUGAUGACUAUGAGUUUAGUGUGCAGUUCACUAAAAAUACCUUGGGCCUGGGAUUCACCAUCACUAGCUACAUAGGUGAUCUGAACUCAGUCUAUAGUGCUGGUGUGAUAGUGAAGAGCAUAGUGAAAGGCAGCACCGUCGAUCAAGAUGGACGUAUCCACAUUGGAGACACCAUCCUAUCUGUGGACGGGGUGAGCCUGCAGGGCUGCAGUGAGCAGCGGGCCAUGGAGGUGCUGAGGAGGACCGGCCCCCUGGUCAGACUGAGGUUGCUGAGGAAGGCCAUCCAUCUGAGCCACAUUCUGCCCCCGGCUCCGCCCCUGCAUCGCCUCCGACACUCCCACAGCUUCCAUGAGGGCAACCCCUACAGGCUGGGCCUCAACAAGAUCCAGGAAACAGGAAUCCGCUCUCUGCGUGAAAUCUCCAGGCGAGCAGCAUGCGCCAACAGACGACCCCGACAUGAUUCCAGAAAUGGAGUGAAACUGACAUCAGCUGAGGAGGAGUACCUGAGGAAGAGGUGGCAGCAUGCAGUUGGACCCAGAUAUGAAGUUGUUGUGUGCCAGCUGAAGCGCUUCAGUGAGACUAGCGGUCUGGGUGUGAGUUUGGAGGCGCGGGCGGGACACCAUUACCUGUGCUCUGUCUUACCUGAGGGCCCAGUGGGUCAGAGUGGCAAGAUCUUCACCGGAGACCAAAUACUGGAGGUGAAUGGGAUCCCACUCAUUGGAGAAACACAUAAGGAGGUGGUCAGUAUUCUCAAGGAGCUGCCGUUGCAUGUUUGUGUGGUGUGCUGUCGAAUCAUACCGCCAGCACCUCCCGACAGUGAUGAGGAGGAUGACAAUGAUGUCCAACUCAGCCUGAAAGAGCUGCUGGCUGAGUUCAAUGAGAAGUUGGACCAGGGCUGUGUCAUUCCCUGUCCUACGGCGGAGGACAUCACCAAGCGUGGCGUGCCCCCUAUGUCACCUCCUCUGGCCAUGUGGGAGAGAGAGGCUCAGGUGGUCGAGCUGGAGAAAGGAGAGGCAGGACUGGGCUUCAGUAUCCUGGACUACCAGGAUCCAGAGGAUGCCACUAAGACGGUUUUGGUCAUCCGAUCUUUAGUGCCUGGAGGUGUAGCGGACCAAGAUGGUCGCCUGCUUCCUGGUGACAGACUCAUAUUUGUUAACGACACUGACCUGGAGGGCUCCAGCCUGGACUACGCUGUACAUGUCCUAAAGUCUACUUGCUAUGGCCCCGUCCGCAUCGGCGUUGCCAAGCCCCUACCGCUGGAACUGUGCGGUGGCCUAACACCUAUCUCUGAGAGGAGCACGCGGGCCUCCUACGAUGACGCUGACAGCCACACUCAGGUCAGCCUGCUAGCCGAGGCAGCUGAGGCGAACGCUAACACCAACACCUGCAACUCUGAGGAGAACAGCAUCAGUCAGCUGUGCUACACUAUAACGGAAAACCUGCUGUAUCAGGACGUUAGCACCAUGGAGGAUGGCGAUAAGCAGCAAGCCCCGCCGCCGCCCUCCCGCACCAGCUUUGAGAGGACAAUCACUGUUGUCCGGGGCAACCGUAGCCUUGGGAUGUCGGUGAGUGCUAUCAAGGACGGCUCAGGCAUGCUGGUGCGCAGUGUGGUCCAGGGGGGCUCUGUUAGCCAGGAUGGCAGGCUGGGGGUGGGGGAUGCCAUCCUGGCCAUCAACGGGGAACCUACCUCCAACCUGACCAAUGCCAAGGCCAGGGCCAUGCUGCGCAGACACUCUGUCAUAGGGCCAGAGAUAAGUAUAACCUAUGUCCCAGCUUAUCAGGUGGAUGAGCACCGUUCCCGCCUGUGCCUGCCCCCUCUGGCAUCCAUCACAACGGACAGUGCCUCUUCCUCACCCACGCCCCCAACCUCUUCUCCAGAGCCUGCCCCGACCCCGGCCAGAUCAUCUGGUCCAGCCAGAGCUGCAGCUACAUCCAACAUCAAAGCCUCUGCCUCAUUCAAAGCUCCAGCUGCAGCUCCCGCUCCGUCUACAAUCAGGGCUUCUUCCUCUUUCAAAACUCCAGCCAAAAGCCCAGCCACAACCACAGUCCCGACCAUUACCCCGGCUUCAGAUACAAGUUGGCAGAUCCCAAAGUCUCCGCCUCUUAAAGAGAAGAUAGGAGCAAGGGAAGAUGGAGAGAGAGUGGAGGAGAAGACAUGCAAAACUAUUACAGAUGGGAAAGUACCAAAGGAGGUAGAGGUGAAGGUGAAGGACAGCAAAGAGGAGGAAGAUGAGCUUCACACUCCCACCCUCCUGUCAUGGGGUCAACCUAGAAGUGUGCAGCUGACUCGAGCGCCAGGCCAGUCCCUUGGUAUCAGCAUAAUGGGAGGGAAAGGCAUGGGCAGCAGACUAAGCAGUGGAGAGAUGAUGAGGGGAGUCUUCAUCAAACACAUCAGCCCCGACAGCCCAGCAGCACACAACGGCACCCUCCGGACCGGAGACCGGAUACUCGAGGUGUGUGGGGUGGAUCUAAGAGAUGCCAGCCAUGAGCAGGCAGUAGAGGCCAUCCGCAGGGCUGGGGACUCUGUGGUCUUCCUGGUCCAGACCGCACAACACAGACCUCAGUCUCCUUUGCUUUCCAACCAUGAGAGGCGAACUCCAACACCACAGACCAACUCGCAAAGCAGCAAGGAAACAGAGAUUCUCAGUGGUCUAUUCCUUAGUCUCUCCCCUACAAAUCCCUUCACUCCCACCCCCUUCAAGGUACCUCCGCCAACAGCCAAUAAGACGGAUCGUAGAAGCCCCAUAACUGCCACGUCACCGGUCACAGCGGGGGCCGGAGAUGAGGACGACAUUGGCAGGAAGAAGAUGCUCCAGCGCUAUGGCAGUCUGUCUGGGAAGCUCCAUAUGAUUGAACUGGAGAAGGACCCUGAAGCCCAUGGCCUCGGACUCAGCCUCACAGGCAACAGGGAUGGCUCUCGUGCCCGCAUGAGUGUCUACGUGGCAGAUAUAGACCCUAAAGGAGCUGCAGGGUUAGAUGGGAGAAUACACGUGGGGGAUGAGCUACUGGAGAUCAACGGUCAGAUCCUGUACGGCCGCAGUCACCAGAACGCGUCCACCCUCAUCAACAACGCCCCUUCUAAGGUCAAGAUCAUUCUCAUUAGGAAUAAAGCAGCUCUUAGUCAGAUGGCCCAGGGCAGCAGAGCAGAGUGUGGGGACACGGUGGACUCAAGGAUAGGCUCUGCAGAGGACGGAGGCUCAUCCAGAGAUGUUCAGCACAUCACACUACCUCAGGAUCAUGUCGGCCUUGGCAUUUGCCUGGCGGAGGACGAUUCCAAGGGAGGGGUGGUGGUCAAGUCCCUGAUGCAGAAUGGUACUGCCAGUAAGGAUGGCAGGAUAAAGGUUGGAAGCAGAAUCAUAGCAGUGGGUGAUGAACCUGUGGCAGGGCUAUCAGUGGACAAGGUAUCCAGUUUGAUACUGAAACAACGGGUCUCUGUCAAACUCUCCAUCAGCCGCUCUAGGGCUCUCUCUUCCUCUCUCUCUCUGCCACUCCCCGCAUCUGCCUCCUAUCCCUGCUCUGUCCCCUCUGCUUCCUCCCUAACCCUUCCCGUCUCCUCCUCCUCCUCUUUACCCGGCAACACCACACGGACCUCUCCCAUCGGGCGAUCUGAUUGGCUAGGGUCGGACUCGGAGGUCCCUGACCCUCUGACCUGUCCCAUCGUGGCUGGCAAGGAAACCUCCAUAGAGAUCUGUAAACAGAAUACAGGCCUGGGCCUCAGCAUCGUAGGAGGCUGUGACACUCUGCUGGGGGCAGUAAUAAUCCAUGAAGUGAAUGAUGGAGGAGCAGCCCAGAGAGAUGGGAGGCUGCAAGCUGGGGACCAGAUAUUGGAGGUGAACGGUAUCGACCUGCGUCAGGCCACUCAUGAGGAGGCCAUCGGGGUGCUACGUCUCACCACCCAGCGGGUACGUCUGUGUGUCUUCAGGCACCAAGAGGCUUACAGGGAGGAGGACCUGUGGGACGUCUUCACCCUGGAACUGAGGUCUCGUCCUGGAGAGGCGCUGGGCCUCGGCACCGUGGGGAAGAGCAAUGACACAGGCAUCUUUGUGUCAGAUAUCAUCAGAGGAGGCGUGGCAGAUACGGAUGGCAGGCUGUUGCUAGGUGACCAGAUUCUGUCAAUCAAUGGCGAAGACAUCCGUGCAGCAACACAGGAACAUGCAGAGAAGCUGCUGCAGAGCUGCGGUGGAGUCGUCCAGCUGGAGGUGGCUCGCUUCAAAGCGGGGCUGCAGUACUCCCAGGGGAACCAGGAGUACUUUAAGUUGUGUUUUAUCCAGAGCGAAGACUGCGACUGCUCUACCUUGACCCCCUCCGGUGGAUGUGAUACUUCCUCCGGCCAGCAGGAGACACAGAGUAAAGCAGGGAGCUCCUUAUUUGAAGACCACUCUGACAUAAGAAAAGUUGUCAUACAAAAGGGUGCAUGCGACUCCCUGGGCAUCAGUGUGGCAGGAGGAGUGGGUAGUCCCCAUGGCAACGUACCUCUUUUUAUUGCUGCCAUGGAUACCGACGGACUGGCUGCCAAAACACACCAAUUACAGACUGGAGACAGGAUCAUCAGUAUCAACGAUGUGUCCGUGAAGGGGAUGACUCAUGUCCAUGCUGGAGCCCUGCUGAAGAGUGUCACGGGAAGCAUCACACUUCAGGUGGCAGCAGGUGCUGGGGGUUGUGGUACACAGGAUCAUACUGAUGCGCCUGGCCUGUCGUCAGGUCAAGCCAGGAGCCAGCCGUCCCAUCUCAACAACCUCUGUGCGCGUGUGUAUAAGACUAUCACUCUGGAGAGAGGCUCUGCUGGCCUGGGCUUUAGCAUUGUAGGAGGGUUCGGCAGCCCUCACGGAGACCUACCCAUCUACAUCAAAACUAUCUUUAAUAAGGGGGCGGCCAUAGAGGACGGCAGGCUAAAAAGUGGAGAUCAGAUCAUCGCUGUGAAUGGACAUUGCCUGGAGGGCGUGACUCACGCUGAGGCCGUGGACAUCCUCAAAAGGACCAAGGGAACUGUAGUCCUCACUGUGCUCUCCUGAGACACGUUCCUCACAUCCCGUUUUAUUGAUGUCAUCAACAAAAUAACAGAUCAAAACAGAAUUCAGCAGGGUGAUGUAGCUGCAUUGUGUGGAGCUGCUUCACACAAAGGCUAAAAGGCAGAGGUAGACGCAUAAAGUGACAGGUUGCAUAUAAAGUAGUGAUGCUCAGAAUCAUUUGAGAGUAAGUAAGUGUAAAAUCAUUUAUGUUCAUUUGUAGCUAUUUGGGCCAGUUUUCUCUUCAUCUGCAGUAUUCCAAAUAGAAACUCCUGACAAGGUGUUAUUUGGGCUAAUCUGUUUGUGUUCUAUGAAUCUCAAUUAUGAAUAUCCCUGUACAUAUGAGCUCAGGAUGUUCUUCAAAUUACUCACAUUGAUCGUGAAAAUGCAAAGAAAAGACGACAAGGCAUUUACAUGCUGUACAUUAGUAUCCCAGCUGAUUGCAAAAUGCCUUAGCCGUCAUAUUCAGGUUAGUCACAAUAGAGAUAUGAGCUUAUCCUGCCUAUUGUAGAUGAGGUAUGGCUUUUUAUAUGCACCACUAAACACGUUCACACACUCAUAAAUAGCCUGCUAUCCUCCAAAUCUAUUGGAUGUACAAACUAAUGCAACAUAAACAUCCAUCAACAAAAUGUGAUUUGUAUCUACCGCUGUCUCUUGAUUUAUAUUCAUCCAGUCAACUACUCUAACACACUCCUAAGACCCAAAAAUGCCAAGUGCUUCUGCCAAUCUUUUGUAUGGCAUUGAGGUUUUAGGAAUUUUAGGAAAUAGUUGUAAGCUACUUUUAUUUCUCAUCUCUACAUGCUAGCUUUUUACCAACUAGAAAUAUGUCACAAAUUCUUACGUGGGAAAUGCAUUUCAUUACGUGUUAGUAAUAAGUUGUGUUAGUCGCAUUAAUCAAAUAGUACAAACCUUUGUUUCUUUUUCAUCUGUUCAGAUGUUACUGUUACUUUCUGUUGUACUCCAAAUAUACAACUGAGAGAGUAACAAUGAUUUAUUUAUUGAUUUAUUAUUUAUUUAUUACCGUUUUCAUUUUCUUUAACCUGGCCAGUUCUUAUUGUUUUGUAGAGCUUCAAGGGAAUUUUGUUAUAGUGGAAUGUGCAAUCUUGACAAGAGAUGUAGAAACCUCCUCAUAGCUGUGAGAGUUCAUUUGUUUUAUAUGAACUGAUUUAUAAUUUGUCUUACAUUCACUGUUACUGAUUUUGUUUCAUUUAUAUCAGUAGUCCUCAGAACCAUAACACAUACUUGUGUGUUUGGCAAUAUGUAAUAUUGUCUGCAUUGCAUCAUGUAACUGAAUGUAUCUGUGGUCUUAUUAAAUGUUCAUUUGUUAGA